AUGUCGGACGCCGAAUUCGAGACGAUCAGGAGGCUCCAGCAAGAGCGCAACGCGGCCGCCGCAGCCAAGAAGGGUUCGCGGACGUUUGACGAUGCGAAUCAGCGAACCGACGCAACGAAACAGAAGCUCACGGACAGUGCCGACAAUGAGUUGUACGAGCGCGAUGGAGGCGACAAAUUUGCCGGAUAUCACACGUCGCUGCCCAUGGGCGAUGAGGACGACGACAUGGCAGAAGGCGACAAAACACAUCGGCUUGUCGGCCAGUACACCGCUUCACGCGACAUAAUUGAUGAAUUUUCUCGAGGAAAUGGCGUUGAGGAGGAGGACAUGCUGUCAGGGAGGGGAGAGAAGAGCGGCCGCAUCACCGACCGCGAGACGGAUUACCAGAAACGACGCUUCAAUCGCGUGCUGACGCCCACCCGAGCCGAUCCCUUUGCAGAGAAUCGCCAAGCCGGUGCCGCUGAAAAUGGAGCAGGGUACCGAGAUAUCAUGGAGUCGCGUGACCUUGAGCGUGAGGAGGAGCGUGUGCGCCGAGCGAUUGAAGCCAAACAGAAUGGGCAACAAGAGAAUGGCGAUGAUGCAAAGCCCAUGCUGGAGAAUGGAGACAAGGAAAACGGUGAUGCAGGCUCGACCGAGGUCGUCGCAGCAGGCCGAAAGCGCAAGAAGCGCUGGGAUGUCGCUACCACUGACGAAGCACCCACACCCGACGCUGACGGAGACGCCAAGCCGAAACGCUCGCGAUGGGACCAGACACCUGCUGUUGGUGGAGAGGUUGCGAAGAAGCGUUCGCGCUGGGACCAGGCGCCUUCAGCUACACCUAUGGGCAACCAAGGCUUAGCCACGCCGGCACCACAGGCAGCACCGGUGUCCAUGGCAUUUGGUACGGACGUUGGGCGCAACAUGCCACUGAGCGACGAGGAGCUGGAUGAGCUACUCCCAGGCGAAAACGAAGGAUACAAGAUCCUCGAGCCACCGCCUGGCUACGCCCCCAUCUCGGCCCCAGCCAAGAAGCUCGUGGCCACUCCGGCGCCUCAGUCGGGCUUCAUGAUGCAGGACCCCGAGCAAACUCGGUUGGGAGGAAAGCCGUUGCCGGCUGAGAUUCCUGGGGUUGGCGAUUUGCAAUUUUUCAAACCCGAGGAUAUGGCAUAUUUCGGCAAGCUUACGGACAACUCCGACGAAAACGUGCUCACUGUGGACGAGUUGAAGGAGAGAAAGAUCAUGAGACUCUUGCUCAAAAUCAAGAACGGCACGCCACCGAUGCGAAAGACUGCCCUGCGACAAAUCACGGACAAUGCACGUCAGUUUGGUGCCGGCCCCUUGUUCGACCAGAUCCUCCCACUCCUCAUGGAAAAGACGCUCGAAGAUCAGGAACGACAUUUGUUGGUCAAGGUCAUUGACCGUAUCCUCUACAAGCUCGAUGAUCUCGUGCGGCCAUACGUGCACAAGAUUCUGGUCGUUAUCGAGCCCUUGCUCAUCGACCAGGACUACUACGCCCGUGUUGAAGGUCGUGAGAUCAUCUCGAAUCUCAGCAAAGCUGCCGGCCUCGCUACGAUGAUCAGCACCAUGAGACCAGACAUUGACCACGUCGAUGAAUACGUGCGAAAUACAACGGCCAGAGCAUUCGCCGUCGUCGCAUCAGCCCUGGGUAUCCCGGCGCUGCUGCCCUUCUUGCGAGCCGUAUGCCGAAGCAAGAAGUCAUGGCAGGCCCGCCAUACUGGUGUCAAGAUUGUGCAGCAAAUUCCCAUUCUGAUGGGCUGCGCAGUCCUGCCGCACCUCAAGGGCCUCGUGGAAUGCAUUGGGCCCAACCUCAACGACGAGCAGACCAAAGUCCGAACAGUCACAAGUUUGUCGAUCGCCGCCCUGGCCGAAGCCUCCAACCCCUACGGUAUCGAGAGUUUCGACGAUAUCCUCAACCCACUGUGGACUGGUGCACGGAAGCAGCGAGGCAAGGGUUUGGCCGGCUUCCUCAAGGCUGUCGGGUUCAUCAUUCCUCUCAUGGACGAGGAGUACGCCAACUACUACACCAGUCAAAUUAUGGAGAUUCUACUUCGAGAGUUUUCUUCACCCGAUGAGGAAAUGAAAAAGGUUGUUUUGAAGGUGGUGUCACAGUGUGCUGGAACGGAGGGUGUCACGGCGGGAUAUCUCAAGGAGCACGUCCUCGACGACUUCUUUAAGAGUUUCUGGGUUCGGAGGAUGGCACUGGAUAAGCGCAACUACCGUCAAGUGGUCGAGACGACUGUCGACAUUGGCCAGAAGGUCGGUGUCAGCGAGAUUGUGGACCGAAUCGUCAACAAUUUGAAGGACGAGAGCGAGGCCUAUCGCAAGAUGACAGUAGAGACGAUUGAGAAGAUGGUGGCCAGUCUGGGUGCGGCGGACAUUGGAGAGGGCCUUGAGGAACGUCUGGUGGACGGCAUGCUGCACGCGUUCCAGGAGCAGAGUGUCGAGGACGUCGUUAUGCUGAACGGGUUCGGCUCCGUGGUCAAUGCCCUGGGCGUGCGCUGCAAGCCCUACCUCCCCCAGAUCGCCAGUACUAUCCUCUGGCGGCUGAACCACAAGUCCCCGACGGUGCGCCAGCAGGCAGCCGACCUGGUGUCGCGGAUUGCCAUGGUCAUGAAGCAGUGCGGCGAGGAUGCGCUGAUGGGCAAGGUUAGCAUCGUGCUGUACGAGUACCUGGGCGAAGAGUACCCCGAAGUCCUCGGCUCCAUCCUUGGCGGUCUCCGUUCAAUCGUCACUGUUGUCGGCAUCGCCCAGAUGCAACCCCCUAUCCGCGACCUGCUGCCCAGGUUGACCCCCAUCCUUCGCAACCGCCACGAGAAGGUGCAGGAGAACACCAUUGACCUGGUCGGGCGUAUCGCGGAUCGGGGGCCGGAGAGUGUCAACGCCCGAGAGUGGAUGCGUAUCUGCUUCGAGCUUCUCGACAUGCUCAAGGCGCACAAGAAGGGCAUCCGACGAGCCGCCAACAACACCUUUGGUUUCAUCGCCAAGGCCAUUGGCCCCCAGGACGUGCUGGCGACCCUCCUCAACAAUUUGCGUGUCCAGGAGCGACAGUCGCGUGUCAACACAGCCGUGGCCAUUGGUAUCGUGGCCGAGACGUGCGCGCCCUUCACCGUCCUGCCUGCGCUCAUGAACGAGUACCGCGUGCCGGAGCUGAAUGUGCAGAACGGCGUGCUCAAAUCUCUCUCCUUCCUGUUUGAGUACAUUGGCGAGAUGGCCAAGGACUACGUCUACGCCGUCACGCCUCUGCUCGAGGAUGCGCUGAUUGACCGUGACCAGGUGCAUCGUCAAACCGCCGCCUCCGUCGUCAAGCAUAUUGCGCUCGGCGUCGUGGGCCUCGGCUGUGAGGACGCGAUGAUCCAUCUGCUCAACCUCCUCUACCCCAACCUCUUUGAGACUAGUCCUCACGUCAUCGACCGCAUCGUCGAGGCGAUUGAAGCCAUCCGCGUGGCCGUCGGCCCUGGCGUGGUGAUGAACUACGUGUGGGCAGGCCUGUUCCAUCCGGCGCGCAAAGUGCGCAUCCCCUACUGGAGGCUCUACAACGACGCCUAUGUCCAGGCAGCCGAUGCCAUGGUGCCUUACUAUCCAAACCUCGACGAGGACAAGCCGGACAGGCCAGAGCUGGCCAUUAUCCUGUAA